UUGCUUCGGGCAGCGGGCAGCAUUUGCCCGAAUUAUAUCACAAUUCUCAAUCAAUAUAAAGCACUACGGGCAACAUAUUUAUUCAUAAGUGUUAGAUCCCGCCUCUUCUCUUCCCUUCACCCCCUCCAUCAUCUUUCUAGGGUUUUAUUUAGGGCUUUUCAACUCUUACGGAAGUGGGUUUCGCCCCCUCCCACCUUAUUCACUCCAAUAAUCCACUCAUCUUCUGUGUUCCUUUCUUUGCAUCUUGAAAAUAUUUCUGGGUUGAUCUUGUUUUUGUGUCUUUUUUCUCUUUUGGGUCAGAAAUUUUCUGAGUUGCAGACUCCAUGUGUAGUGGAGUUUCCUCGAAGUGGUAGGUAGUUGUAAGGUUUGAUUGAAAAGGCUUUGUUUCCAAACGCGUGUUUGAUCAUUUUAGCUUUUUGACUCUUUUUCCAGUCAAAUUUUAUUUGCUUUAUAAAGCAUCCAAUAUUUAGGGUUUAGUUUUUCUCUCUACUAGUUAAUUUUCCUCGUUUGGUAAAGUUUUUUUUUCGGAAAACUUCUCCCUUGCUUCUUGGCCAUCUUCAAAUUCUUCACCAAUUCUUGUUUGCUCUCUUCAACCAAUGACUCCAGCUGCAAGAACAAGAUCAAAGACAAAAACAACAAGAGAGGCAAAAACAAAAACAACCCAUUUCAAGAAGAAGCUUGUCCGGCCAAAGACUACUACUCAUCAAGAAUUUGCAUCUCCGAAGACUUCGCCUUCGAAUUCAUCCUCCGUGGUCUGCAACGAUGCUCCGAAGAUUGAAGGCGGCAUAGAUGAGUUCGAGGCUGUUGAUGAUGUGUCUACUGCAAGCGCCUGCUCCACUCCGAAAGCUCAGAGAUUCCGGAUACCGGAGAUUGUAACCUGUCCACCGGCGCCUAAGAAGAAGAGAGCUAUUUCAUCAAAUUGCUUGUUUCGGAGAUCUCCAAUCGCCUUCUUCGCUCCGCCGGACUUGGAGCUCUUCUUCUGCUUUGCAAAUGGCGGUAUUUCAGUUUAAAUCAAACUUUGAGUGACAUUUCAUGGAAUAUAUACAUAAAUAAUUUCCGUAGUUAAGAGAUGGUUGUCAUCUUUACCAUCAAAUUAGUUUUAGUAUAGUCUCAUGGGAUGAGAUUUUGAGUUGGGAGAAAGCAAAUUAUUGGCCUUUGCUUUUUCUUUGCCAACUAUCUAAGUUGGGUUUUCAAAUUCUAGGGGUAUACUAAUCAGUAAUUAAAUUAGCUGGGACUGUCCAACUAAUUGAUUUUAGCCUUUUUUGCUUAUUUUUAAAGGUAUUGCUGACCUUCUGAGUUUGGUGAGUGAAAUGUAAUGGGUGGGUAUGAAGUUUGAGUGUGGUUUGUUUAGUCAACGUAGUACGAGAAGCAUAGGCACUUAUUUUGUUGUGUGUAAACCCUUCUUAAGUUAAUGAAGACAGAAAGUUUAUAUA